CUUCUUCAAUAAAUAUAUAUUAUCGAAGAGUUCACGUAGUGUUAUUUGUCGUCAAUUGUUCGUAUAUCGGUGUAAUUUGCUCGCAUUUGAUUCCAGUAGAUUACUUUUUUUAGGCUUCCAAAUCGUUCUAAGGGAAUAUCAUUCCAUAUUAUCCGGAUUAUUAUCGAGAAUUACUGAGUUAUCAUUUUAUGAUCCAUAUUUACCUACCAGGACUGCGUAAACAAAAAUGUCUCAUACAAUACUAUUAGUACAACCUGGUGUCAGACCUGAAACAAGAACAUAUUCUGAUUAUGAAAGCAUUAAUGAAUGUAUGGAAGGAGUUUGUAAAAUUUAUGAAGAACAUCUAAAGAGACGAAAUCCAAACACUCCAACUAUUACUUACGAUAUUAGUCAGUUAUUUGAUUUCGUGGAUCAAUUAACGGAUUUAUCUUGUCUUGUCUACCAAAAAUCGACAAAUACUUAUGCUCCCUAUAAUAAGGAUUGGAUCAAAGAAAAGAUAUAUGUUUUAUUGCGUAGAGCUGCGGGACAUGGAGAGUAAUCGAUACAUAAAGUACACACAUUCGUAUGUGUUUUCAUAUA